AUGGCCUACAGUUUUCAAACAGGACCGAGUUCCCACGAUCCACUAGGACGUUCGCGCACCGAAAUCAGUUUGGAAGUGGCCUUGUCUAUUCUUAUUUGCCUCAUCUCCAUCCUCAACAAUUUCUUAGUCGUCUAUGUUGUCAAUAAAGACUCCAGACUCAAGUGCGUAACGAAUAUAUUCAUCCUGAACCUGGCACUGACUGACAUCUUUAUGGCAACACUGUAUAUGCCUUUUUGGGUAAUAAGCCUCCACUCUGGGACUUGGAUUUUUAGCGAGAAGUGGUGUCAGCUUUCUGCUGCGAUUCUGUCUACCUUAGCAGCUACUUCUCACCUGACUAUGGGGCUUAUCGCCUUCAACCGAUAUGUCCGAGUCGUCAAACCAGCGAUGUACAGCAGACUUUUCCCAAGCAAUAGAAGGGCACGAUUUUACUGCGCCCUCGUAUGGAUAGCUUCUACACUUGUUGCAACACCGCCGUUGUACGGGUGGGGCAAGAUAGCCUACCAUCCCUCUUUUGCUAUCUGCACUUUUUCCUGGAAAAUUGAGCAUAUUUCAUAUGGCAUAGUUCUUAUGGCAGUACUGGUCAACGGAACCACAAUUGCAAUAUUUCAUUCCUACUACAAGAUUUAUAAGAUUCUUAAAGAAAGCACUCAGAACCUGAAUGCCCAUAGCACAGAAGAUGGAGCGGCAUUAUCAGAACGGCGUCGAACUGAUAUCAAACUCUUGAAAACCAGUUUCGCUGUCGUUUGUACAUUUGUGGUGACCAUGACACCAGGUUCUGUCCUUGUGAUUUGCGAGACCGCUGGGUGUUUGAUCCCCAGGACAAUUUCUCUGGCAGCUGUUUACCUCGUGUUUACCAGUAGUUUAGUAAAUCCAAUUAUAUACGGGCUUAUGAAUCCGCAGUUUCAAGCGGCCUUCAAAAGGGCUCUACGUUUUGGUCGGUGUGGAAACAAUCAAAUAAGUCAGGGGUGGACAGGAAAUGGCAUUCAGGCCUUGUCGCAAGGUUCGAUGUCCUGA